AUGGACUUCCGAACCCCCGACCUGCUGGAUGCGUGGCUGGAGUCCCCAGAAGAUGUUUUCUCAACAGGGACCUUCCCGGAGCCGGGACUGCACGGCCCACCUCCGGAGGCCCCGGGGACGAAGCUCCAAGAACAGGGGCUGCGAGGCUGGGAGCCCAGUGGGGGCCGUGGCUGUGGCCUUCGAGACAGUGAGCCUGAAGACUUCCUGAAACUUUUCAUUGACCCCAAUGAAGUGUACUGCUCAGGAGCCUCUGCUAGCAGCGACAGUGGCCAUCCAUCUGAGGACCCUGGCCGUCCAGACAGGCCUCCCGCCCCUCAAGCACCCAGUCCCCCUGCUCUCUAUGAGGUGGUCUAUGAGGCAGGGGCCCUGGAGAGGACGCAGGGGGAAGCUGGGCCAGCUGUAGGGUUCAUCUCUCUCCAGCCAGGUCAGCGGAGCCCACAACUGACGGUGCCUGAUGUCUGCGUGGUCUGUGAGCUGCCCUGUGAUGCUCACGACACCCUGCCCGGAGCAGGCACUGUAAACCCAGUGCCUCCUGCGACCCUGCUGCCCUGUCAGACCUUGUUCCUGACAGAAGAGGAGAAGCGUCUGCUGGGGCAGGAAGGGGUUUCCCUGCCCGCACACCUGCCCCUCACCAAGGCAGAGGAGAGGGUCCUCAAGAAGGUCAGGAGGAAGAUCCGGAACAAGCAGUCAGCUCAGGACAGUCGGCAGCGGAAGAAAGAGUACAUCGAUGGGCUAGAGAGCAGGGCCGCUGCCUGCUCUGCACAGAACCAGGAACUGCAGAAAAAAGUCCAGGAGCUGGAGAGGUGCAACGUCUCCCUGGUAGCUCAGCUCCGCCAACUGCAGCUGCUGGCUGCCCGGACCUCCGACAAAGCUGCCCAGACCAGCACUUGUGUCGUGAUCCUUCUUUUUUCCCUGGCUCUAAUCAUCCUGCCCAGUGUCAGCCCCUUUCAGGGUCUCCGGGAAGCUGGGCCUGAGGAUUACCAGCCUCAUGGAGUGGUUUCCAGAAAUAUCCUAAGUCACAAGGACAUGACAGAAGGUUUGGAGACCACAGUAGUAGAGUCCAGACCGGGGGGGCCACUUAAGACCAAGGGUGAAAAUGGCUCAACAAGGACACUGCUUGAGAAGAUGGGAGGGAAGACAGGCUCCAAUGGGCACGCAGGAGCUGUGCUGCAUGCAGAAGAGAUGUGA